CAGCUCCCUAAUCUUUUGGACCGGGUCAUCGUGCGCGCUCCCGUGUGCGUAGCUGGUGCUCUUCACUCACAUGUGUGCAGCACACCGAUGGAGCGAGCGUGAGGAGAACCGUUACUUGUUAUUUAGAUGGAGUACCCGCUCCACCUCACGUUAUUAACUUGGAUCCCACCACCGCCGCAUCGGAAGGGAUAACGGACUUUUAAAAACCAUAGAGGAAAGGAGGAGUAUUGAUCCAUGUAUUCCUCGGCCGUCGGGACGUCUCGUUAAUUAAUCAUGGACUUGGAGUGGGCAGGAAUGACCACUUUCCUCCAUUUGACUGGAUUGCUUUUGGCUCUGUCCAUCCCUGGCGCAACAUCCGAGUCGGCGACGCUGCGGUUCUUGGGACAGACGGACUUUGUCGUCAAUGAGAGCAGCACGGCUGUGGUCCGGCUGCUCGUGGAGAGAGUGGGAGAUCCCGUCAAUGUCACGGCUUUAGUUUUGCUGGAGGGAGUAGACACGGGCGAUUUUGAGGCGGUUAACGCUGCCGCCUUUCUGCUCUCCACUGAAUCCAGCAAGACCAUAUUCAUCGCAGUCAAAGACGACGACCUUCCGGAAGCUGACGAAACCUUUACGUUCAACCUCACUCUGCAGAGCUCCUCCAACGGUGUGACGCUGGGAACGCCCAACAGAGCAACCAUCACCAUCCUGUCCAACGAUAACGCCUUCGGAAUCAUCGCCUUCAACUCGACUGAGGAGGUCGUAGUUGAUGAACCGAGAGGAGGAAACCAGUUUGUACAUCUCACUCUGAUCAGAGAAAAAGGCACAUAUGGAACAGUGACAGUGAAUUUUGAGAUCUUCGGGGGACCCAAUCCUGCCUUUGAGGACCUCACUCCAGACAGAGGAAAUAUCACAAUUCCCGUUGGGCAUUCUGUCGUUCACUUCGGCGUCCUGGUCCGGGAUGACCAGAUUCCAGAAGAUGACGAAGUCUUUUUAGUCAGGCUCACGGGCGUAGCAGGUGGCGCUCUCCUCAGGCCCAAUGGCAGCAGCGUUCAGCUGAGGAUCCGACGCAACGACAGCCCGUUGAGGUUCUUGCAGUCCAUCGUAGCCGUUCCAGAAUCCGCCGGAGUCAUCGCCCUGAAUGUGACACGGGGUCGGCUGAGCGAGGACGGCCCACUUAUCGGCUCCGUUGACACCGAGGUUUCUGUGGAUUAUCUCCUUGUAAGUGGCAAAGGGCCGGUCAGCGCCAUAGCCGAUGAGGACUUCCUUGACCUGCAGCCGGUCAGGACCAUCACCUUCCCUCCAUUUGUCUACGAGAGCGCCCUGCUGUUUAACAUCACAGAUGACGAGGUGCCGGAAAUCGCAGAGUCCUUCCAAGUGGUCCUGCUGGAGGCCAGCCUUAAAGGAGACGCCGUGCUCGUGUCGCCCACCGCCGUGCUCGUGACCAUCGAGCCUAACGAUAAGCCUCACGGUGUCUUGUCAAUCGGCAGCGGCGCCGUCAUUCGGCCAAUCAGCAUUGACGAGGACUCCAUACAGAGAUUUGAGGGCAUGGUGAUUGUCAGAAACGGAGGUAGCUAUGGCCAAGUGUCCGCCAACUGGUCCAUUAGUCGAAACUCAAGCGUCCUCUCGCCGGUAUCGGAUGACUUGGCACCAGAGGCGGGCACGGUGACCUUUGCCCCGGGCCAAGUCACCGCUGUGAUUCCGAUAAAUAUCGUAACUGACGAUCUCCCCGAAGAGGCGGAAGCUUUUGUUCUAAAGUUACUGCCGCAUUCCGUGACUGGAGAUGCCGAGGUGGACGAACCCAUGGAGAUGUUGUUUUACAUCCAAGACAGUGAUGACGUCUACGGGAUAUUUGGCUUCAAUCCCGAAAAGAAGCAAAGUAUCCAAAGUCAACCCAAAGGCCGUUUCCUGUCACUCCACUUCCUGCGGGAGGGCGGCAUGCUGGGUCGGGUCUCCCUGACUCUCACAGCGCUCUACAUUCCCGCAGGUCCGAUAGACCCAGCGUUGGCGCGAGACGGCGUUCUAAACGUUAGCACGACUGUGACCGUCGCCUUCUCCCGUGAACGCACGGCCCUGGUCGUACUGCCGAUCAGGAACGAUGCUUUUCUGCAGAAUGGAGCUCAUUUCUUUAUCCAGUUGAACGCCUUGGCCCUUGUUGACAUCACUCCCCGGAUUGCUUCCAAAAGUCCAAGGUUUGGGGGACCUCUCAACCUCACCCUGACAGUCACCCCUGAUAUCGCCAAUGGGGAAAUCGGCUUUACAAAUAACAGCACGGUCGUCAUUUACGAACCAGAGGAUGACAACGCCAGCACGGUGAGCCUGCCGCUGCGACGUGACGGCACAGACGGUCAAGCUGUGGUUUUCUGGAGUCUCAAAGCGACCGGCGCCAACCGUGAGGACGUCACCUCGGAAGAUCUGGAACCUCUCAACGGUUCUGUUGUCUUCAUGUCUGGCCAGAGCGACGCCUUCAUCAACCUCACUGUCAUGGCUGACAAUACACCUGAAGUCAAUGAGACUUUGCUGCUGACCUUGGAGCGGAGUGACGUCGAGAAUCAAAUCCUGAAAGCCGGCUUCACCACCAGAGUCCUUGUCAUCGUGGAGAACGAUGACCCCGGUGGAGUCUUUGAGUUCUCGCCGUCUUCAAGAGGUCCAUGGUUAAUCAAUGAGGGUGAGGCCGUGGAGCUCCAUGUGGUCAGAGCCCAGGGACAGCUGCUGAAGCAGCUGGUGCGAUAUGUCGUCAUGCCCGCAGGCAACAGCGAAUUCUACGGCGCCACCGGGAUCUUGGAGUUCAAACCGGGCGAGAGGGAGGUGGUGGUGGCCCUGGUGGCCAAGCCUGAUGGCGUGCCAGAACUGGACGAGACUUUCUCGGUGGUACUCGGCAGCCACAGCACUCCUCCCAGUCGCCUCGGAAACCACAGGGAGGUCAACGUCACGGUGCGCGGGAACGACGACCCCUUUGGGGUCAUCGAAUUCGGGCCAUCUGGGGCAAUAAAGGCCAUCAGUGAAAGCAAAGGCAAUCAGACGUACCAAGCAACCUACUCUGUGGAGAGGAGCAGGGGUCUCUUUGGAGAAGUCUCGGUUUCAUGGAGCCUGGAGCCAGCCGCAUCUGGAGACGUUCGCCCCAUCCGAGGAAACAUCACCUUCAAGGAGGGAGACUCCUUGAAAAACCUUACUCUCCUAUCUUUGCCUGAUGAGAUCCCUGAAGGCUUGGAGAACUUCACAAUCGCUCUGGCGAACGCGAGUGGUGGUGCAAGGCUUGGAAACAGACUCACAGCCACUUUCCACAUUCGCAAAAAUGAUGACCCCAUUUAUUUUUCUGAACCUGCAGUUGUGCGUUUGGGGGAAGGCGCCGUGGCCCACUUGAGCGUUCUGCGGGCCGGGCGAGCAGAUUACGUCGGCACGGUGGUUUACCGUGUGGAAUACGGCGAUGCGUCGCCUGGCGAUCUCACCUUGCUCAGCAAUGACACGGUCUUGCUCUUUGACCCCGGGGAAUGGAGGAAGAACAUCUCUGUGGCCAUUGAAGACGACAACAUACCGGAAACGGAUGAGCACUUCUACAUUGUCUUGUAUAACGCCACUGGCGACGCCGUGGUGUACGGAGCAGACACGGCUACCGUGGUCAUCGAGGCCAAUGAUGACGCAAAUGGGAUUUUCUCACUCGAGCCGACAGAAAAGACGGUCGAGGAGGGGAAGAGCAAUUAUUUCUAUGUCUCGCGAGCGCGGGGCCAUUUUGGUAACGUAACGGUCUUCUGGCAUCUUUAUGCCAACGACUCCAUCACUCCGUUGUUGGAAAGUCAAGAGUUUACCGACACCUCAGGCUCCAUCACUUUCACCACGGGAGAAGAUUUCAAAGCCAUCGUGCUGGAGGCCAUCUCGGAUGGGCUUCCAGAGUUUAAUGAGAGUUUUGUUCUCAGGCUGGUUAAUAUAUCUGGUGGUUAUCCAGGUGGCCGACUCGCUGAAGCUUCUCCGAGCGCCUCGCUUGUCAUCCCCUUCAACGACGACCCGUACGGCGUGUUUGCCAUCGCCGACAGCGAUCUGGACCAGGAAGUAGCAGAGGAUGUGCUGUCAGAGGACGACAUGGCGGAUGUCACUUCCUUUAGCAUCCUCCGCCAGCAGGGUACUUUUGGCGACGUGCGGGUUGCCUGGGAGAUUGUAUCCGCGCAUUUCCCAGAGGGCCUUCCUCCGAUGGAUGACCUGCUACUUCUAGCUUCCUUCUCAGACUCCGUGGAGCUCAGGCCUCGUGCCAGAAGACACCACUCGGCAACAGACACCAGGUUUUUCUCCGGGCGUAACGGAUCCUACGGGACUAUCCAACCCGAAGAAUCGCCUCCUGUUCCGGGAAACUUUACAUUCUCAGCUUGGCUGGUCCCCAGAACAUCUACUGAUGGCUUUAUAGUCUCCAAAGGAAUCCCCAACGGCACCUUGUAUUAUGGAGUGAAAAUCCACAUCAAUGAGUCUCACAUCACGGUGAAGUUCUAUUACACCGUCACGGGAUCUAAUAACACUCAAGUAGCUCAGGCCACCGCUGACAAAUUUAUGGAGGACAAUACGUGGCUGCAUGUGAUGGUUACGCUGGAUGACGGCAUUGUUGAGUUUUUCCUGGAUGGGAAUCCCGUUCCUGGAGGCCUGAGGAGCAUUAAAGGAGAAGGCAUUGCUGAUGGUCUCGCCUCUAUCUUCAUUGGCUCCGAUCCACAAGGUCACCAGCGGUACACAGGCCUCCUCCAAGAUGUCCGUUUGUACCGGACCAGGCUCGAGCGCAAGCGCAUGCACGAGCUCCACAGCCAGCCGGCAAAAUCGGACCUGCGCAGCAUCUCGGGUUAUCUGCGCUACGGGCCGCGGGAGAGCCGCAAGUCGUUUGUGGUGGAAGUCAAGGAUGAUGAUGAAGAGGAGGGGGAGGAGGUGUUCUAUCUUCAGCUGGUGGCGGUACAGGGCGGCGCCCGCCUGCCUUCCCCCGGGCCCACGGCUGUGAUCCGCAUUACGAAGAGUGACAAUGCCAACGGGCUUUUUGGAUUUACCGGUGGCUGCAUACCUGAUAGCACCGAGGAAGGUUCUACCGUUUCCUGCGUGAUCGAGCGGAUGCGAGGAUCCCUGGACAGUGUUUACGUCAAUUACUCGGUGACCCAAAUGAACAGCGCCGACAGGGAAUGGCCCGCACACGAGGAUUUUCUCAAUGCCACUGGAGUUGUACUUUUCAUGAGUGGCCAGCGCUCAGAGGUACUGAACCUCUUGGUGUUGGAUGACAACCUCCCCGAGCUGGCAGAGAGCUUUCAAGUCACGUUGGUGUCGGCAGGAUCCAGUGAUGGCAAGCCCGGUUCCACUCCUGCCAGCGGUGCCAGCAUUGACCCCACUAAUUCUGUCAACACUAUCACUGUAAUGGCCAGCGACCACCCUUAUGGCUUGCUGCAGUUCCAAGAUGAUCCACCAGGUGAAGGCUUGAUCCCACCUGCGUUAGAACCUGCACACAUUACUGUGAAGGAGGAAGAUGGGCAAGUCCAUCUACCAGUGGCCAGGGCUCAAGGCCUUUUGGGAAGGGUUCUGGUGGGCUACAGGACGACCCCCUUCACAGCAUCCAGCCCUGAAGACUAUGAGGACUCAGAGGGUACGCUGGACUUUCUCCCAGGAGAAAGGUUAAAGUUCGUUACGGUCACCAUCAUUGACAAUCCUGUUCCAGAGCUGGACAAGGAAUUUCGAGUGGAGCUCUUCAAUAUCGAUGGGGGAGUGGAUCACUUUCUGCAUGUUGAGGAAAGUGGUAGUGGGGAGAGUGACUCUGAUUUCCUGCCUUCCUCCUUUCUCCACCAUGCCAGUUUGGGAGCUGCCUCCCGCGUCACGGUUACCAUCGCAGCCUCCGACGAUGCCCACGGAGUCUUCGACUUCAACCUCGCCUUCCUGUCCGUUCACGGGACAGAACCUGAGGAUGGACAAAGCUCUGUGGUCCUAAAGGUGGAUCGAUCCUUUGGCGAUCUCUCCAAUGUGACUGUGUACUGGGAGGCCGAUCCCAGCUCCGAAGGGGAACUCUUGAACCGGUCCGGGAGCAUCUUCUUCGGAGUCGGGCAGACAUCGGAGAGCGUCUUGGUGUCCGUGGCCCAGGAUGAGCUCCCAGAGUUGGACAAGAAUUUUACCGUGUCUUUGGUUAACGUGUCUCACGGCCGUCUGGGUGUCAAGACUACGUCGACGCUAACUGUGCUGGCCAGUGACCACCCGUACGGCGUUUUCGUCUUCUCCAACACCACAAGGCCCGUCCGCCUCCCUGAAGGCGACUCAACUGUUACCCUCAGCAUACUACGACAAAAAGGCUCCAUGGGACAGGUACAAGUCACAUUCAGGACACUCCAGGAAGCAGAACCAGCACCUUACAGGACGCCCGGAGUGGGCCGAGCCACCGAAGGGCGAGACUUUGUCCCGCUUGUGGAUUCGGUUGUUUUCUUGGCUCAUCAAAGCGAAGCAAACGUCACCGUCAGAGUGUUGGACGAUGAGGAUCCGGAGAGAGACGAGUCCAUCUUCGUGCAGUUGAUGGACGUACGGCUCGUCCAAGGAGGACAGGAGAGGCCCGUUACCAACUCGCCGUCUCUCGGCCCGAAAAUGGAAAUCGUAGCGCAGGUGAUCGUGGAAGCCAGCGACGCCGCCUUUGGCGUUCUUCAGCUGUCAGCUUCUGCCGUCAGCGUGGCCGAAGACUACGUGGGCCCCAUCAUCAACGUCACACGCGUGGGGGGGAUAUUUGCAGACGUAUCGGUCAAGUUCAGAGCCGUGCCCUUGACGGCAAGAGUCAGUGAAGACUACAGCGUGGCCUCCUCUGACGUGGUUCUUCUCGAAGGGGAAUCCAGCAAAUCCAUCCCUAUUUAUGUCAUCAAUGAUGUGGUCCCGGAGCUGGAGGAGACCGUCGUUGUGGAGUUGAUCAAUCAGACUACCGGAGGAGCUUUGCUGGGAGAGAUCACACGUGCUAUUAUCACCAUAUUGCCUUCGGAUGACCCUUUUGGUGCCUUUGUCUUCAAUGCUGCUCCAGUCACGAUAGAGGAACCAGCAUCCGGCUCUGUUGAAGUUGCCCUGCCGAUAGUACGUCAUGCCGGUACGAUUGGGACCGUGGUAGUCCAUUGGCAGGCCACUGUGAACGGUCAACUCGCAGCGGGGGACAUCAGACCCACUUCGGGAGACGUGACCUUUGCUCCCGGAGAGACCGUCAAGACUCUCCGAGUGGAGGUCUUAGCGGAUGAAGUUCCCGAAAUCACAGAAAUUAUAAAGAUGGAACUCACCAGUGCCAGUAACGGCGGAAACCUCGGAAGCGAUACGUCCGUUAACGUUAAAGUGCCCGCCAACGACAAUCCAUACGGGACCGUCUACUUUGGACAGUCUGUUUACCGUAUCCAAGAGCCGCUGGAAGGAGUCUUCAGAGCCAAUAUUACCGUCCUACGAAGUGACGGGCACUUUGGCCGCUUGCGAAUCCUGUACAGCACCUCUCCGAUCGACCCGCUCGACUCCGCUGGGGCUGAGGGUCGGAACCUGCUGACCUACUACGACACCCCCAAACCGGGGCUUCCGGCCACUCCCCCUCAAGGGACGUUUAACAUCAGCGGCCUGACGGAUUCCACAACUGCCUGUGCUGCCGCGUGUCUUCGAGAGCGUACCUGCCAAGCCUUCUCCGUAUCCUCAACCACAAUCCCGCCUUCCUGCACUUGGGUGACUUCGGGUGGCGAAGAACUCGAAACCAGGUCUCGGGUGGUAACCUAUGUGAAAAAUGCGACCGCGGCCGCUGCUUUGUACGGCAGCCGGGCCUCGGCCGGGAGCGACUACAUCCCCGUCAGCGCCCAAAGUGCCUUCAUGGAGGACGGCUCAGGGGAAGCAAACCUCACUGUGCUCAUUUUGACGGAUAACGUCGCUGAAAUGGAUGAAAGCUUUGCCAUACAGAUCUUCAAGGUCGAGCUGAUGAAUUUGACUGCAGAGCAGAGGAACCUGCCGUCCAUCGGCCAACCAGAUAAAGCCGUGGUGACCAUCCAGUUGAACGGGGAUGCAUUUGGUUUUUUUUUGAUAUACAGCGCCAGUCCCAACGCUACAAAUAAGGGGCUUUACAUUGAGGUUCAUGAAGAACCUUCAGUGGUCGUUCCGUUGGUCGUCGAAAGACGAGGCGGCAAUUUGGGGACGGUGACUGCGGAGUGGAGGUUUGUUGGAGGAAAAGCCACACCGGAUAGAGACUUCACUGGAACAGGGGGAACUUUGGUUUUUGAUGGCGAUCUCAAGAAGACAAUCGAGAUUAUCAUCAGAGACGAUACCGAGCCAGAAGACAACGAGAGCCUCAUGAUUGGCCUUGUUAAGACAGAGGGAGGAAGUCGCAUCCUCCCCAGUUGGGAUACCGUCAACAUUGUGAUUCUGGCGAAUGACAACGUUGCCGGCGUCGUGGGAUUCCAUCCGGAAUCGCGUUCGGUCAUCGCUAGAGAAGGGGAAAAGGUGAACUUGUUAGUUUUGAGGACUGCUCCAGGUCUGGGUAAUGUCACGUUGGAUUGGGUGAUUCAAGGUCCCCUUGUGGAACGGACUUUCGCUCUUACUUCAGGGAGACUAUUAUUUUAUGAGGGACAGUUGAAUAAUACCAUUGCUGUACAGCUGCUCGAUGAUGUCACGCCAGAGGACAAAGCUGAAUACAACGUUUUCUUGACUGACAUCCAAACUUUUGGUGUCGCGGCGCCGGGCCACGCCACUUUUGACGUUCUGGGGAGUGCGGCGGUGUUGACGGUGGACACCAGCGACGAACCAUACGGGCUUUUGACCAUCGCACCGUCAUCCCUGAAAGUGACCACCGAGGAGCGAGAGCAAACCAUAAAUAUCUACAUCAACAGGGAGCUGGGAACGUCAGGAGCUGUGAAUGUCACCUAUGAGGUUCUCAAAGGUUCCCUGGAGGACCUCUCCAAGGUCGAAGGCGCUCUUGCGGAGCCAGGAAAAGACUUCCUGGCUGGAAGUGCUUCUGUGAUUCUUCAGGAGGGUCAGACUUCUGCCGCUAUGCCCGUCAACAUAUUGGAGGAUGAUACUCCAGAGUUGCAGGAAUACUUUCUGGUCAACAUUACAUCUGCGGUACUCCUAACAACCCUUGCCACCACUCCGCAACUUGACACUCAGGGUUUGGUGGCGGAGGUCAUCAUUGCUGCCAAUGAUGGAAUUCGAGGAGUCAUCGAAUGGACAAACACCAUGUUUGAAGUGAAUGAAACCUUGGGUGUUUUGACUCUGGUGGCCUACAGGAACAGAGGCACAUAUGGCAAUGUUUCUCUGUUCCUGUACGCUCAGAACCUGGAGGCCCAGCAAGGCCUGGACUACAACAUCAGCCAAACGGUGCUCCAUUUUGUCAACGGUGAAAAACACAAAUUUGUCGAGGUGCAGAUCGUCGACGACAUCGUUCCGGAGGGAGCCGAGCGAUUCCAGCUGAUACUGUCCGAUCCGUCGCCCGGUCUCGAACUCGGCACCAAUACCACAGCCACCGUGACCAUCCUGGCGAGCGACGACGGGCACGGCGUCUUAUAUUUUAACAGCAGCGGGCCAUACUUACUCAAGGAGCCCACAUCUCAGCUGGGAUUGAGCGAGAGCGUCGCCACCCUUUAUGUCCUUCGGGACCCAGAGGAAGGCACGGUCGGUACCGUGACCGUGCAGUUCAUCAUCACGGAUGCCAAUGGUAGUCUUGCCGACGGUGAUGUCGUACCAGCCCAAGGGCUUGUGGAGCUGGAGGAUGGCGUUCGCUUUAAGACGCUGGAGAUCCGAGCAUUGCUGGAUGCCGAGCCCGAAGCCAAUGAAACGUUCACGGUGAUCCUGUCCAACCCGACCGCCGGUGCGCGUCUAGGCGAUCGACUGCACGUUGUCAUCACCGUCCUCGAGAACCUCGCCCCAUCCGGCUUGUUCCGUAUCGGACCCACUCUCGAUAGAAGUAGCACAAAAGUGGUGGCAAAGGAAGGAGGUGGUCCCAUCUUCCUCACGGUGUCUCGCAGUAAUGGUUUGGAGUCCGCCGUCAGUGUGGAGUGGGAGACGCAGUCCGCCACCGCUGUUGCUUCAGAUGGCCCUCUCCCCAUGAUGGCUUUGUAUCAGAGCUUUGAAGACCGCCCCACGUCCACAUGGUGCUCUGUCCCCGGAAUGCCAACCGUCCUUGCCGUCAGACUUGAUAAAGAUCCCGCCGUAGGAUCUUCUCACACCUUGGCCACGCUCUAUCAAUGGCAAGGAGUCUUUGUGCCAGUAGAGUCUGCUAGGAUUGAGGAGCCAAGUUCUUGCGUUGGCUUUGCAUUUCAAAACAGCAGCUACAUCGCCAUCACACAUGGCGGCAUGCCCUUCGCCCCUGCGGCCAAUCUCAGCAUCCUAAAACUACACAAGGACCUCAAUGUCUCAUUGGAACAAAUCCUAGGCGUGGAAGCAUCGGAAGUCAAACACUUCUCGAUUGACGACAGAGAUUUUCUUAUUGCAUCGAGUCAGAUAUUUGUUUGGACCAGCGGCUCCUUCACCCUGCUGCAGACGCUGGACUUUGAAGAACAUAUUGUCAGUGUGACUCCAUUGGCCCACGCGCAAGCUCCUUAUUUAGUAGUUUGCUUAAACGGUGAGACGACCGGCUGCCUGCUCCUUCGCUGGACCGGUGGAAGAUUUGGGAAUCCACAGCCCUUCCCCACCACAGGCAGAAUCAGCCAAGUGGAGACAGUCCAGACUAGAGCAGAGGACACACUUUUCUUGGUGCUUCUUCAAGAUGUUCUUCCCUCCUGUGAGGUGCUCCUGUGGAGAUUAGGGCAACGUUCUCCUGAGUUGCAGCAGUCCAUCACGUACCCGGGCCUCACCUCAAUCCACCCGUUCAUUGCUCCCUCCGGACUCAUUUACGUUAUGCUCGGCGGUGGAAAUAGCUCGUCACUGUACUCGUGGAGCUCUGAUGCCGGCCUCUUCCACGUCAUUUUGAAGGCCCCACCAGCCAGGAGAUUCCUCUCCUUGAAGGUCCCGUCCCUCAACACCACCAAGACGCUCUUAGCUUCUUCUGAGGAGAACCGCUCCAGAGUUUAUCUCUUAACUUCAGUCUCCAAUCAAUCUGACUUCAUACCCAGUUUUGGCGAGUUGCAUUUCUUACCCGGCGACAGCGAGCUACAGAUUGCGGUGAACGUCAUCGAUGAUGACGUUCCCGAAGAGCAAGAGCACUUUCAGGUCCGCCUGAAAAAUCCAAAGGGUGGGGCAGAGAUUGGGUUCGGGGGUCAGGUGACCGUGGAGGUUCCGAGCAACGACAACGCCCACGGAGUGAUUGGAUUUGCGCAGAAUUCUCUCUCAUUGGAGGUAGAGGAGUUGGAGCAGAAUCAUCAGAUCUCCCUCACCGUGGAGAGGAGAAGGGGAACUUUUGGCCGACUGACCGUUCACUGGACUGCUAGUGGGAGCCUGACGGACAUUUAUCCCACUUCGGGAGUGGUUACGUUCUCGGAAGGUCAGUCGGUUGCCUUCCUUGCACUGACUGUGCUAGCGGAUGGCGUGGCAGAGCUAAGGGAGAGCGUUAGCAUCACCCUGAUGGAUGUGACCACGGUGGAGCUGCAGGACAUCCAACAGGCUGCUGUCAUCGAGCCGUCGCGAGCGCUGGCGCUCCUCGCCAUCCUGCCAAACGGUUCCCCCUACGGGGUGAUUGGAUGGCAUUUGGACUCUCAGAUUACUCAAACACAAGAACCGUUGGGCUUUCCAGUCAAUCUAACUUUGUCCAUCGUACGGGAGCACGGCUCCUCUGGUGAGGUGGAAAUACAUUAUGAGACCAGGCCAGCCUUGUACCAACCUCCAGCCAACCAGGCCUCUGCAGAUCAGGACUAUGUUGCCAAAGAUGGCACGCUUAUUAUGACAGAAGGAGCAACUGUGGCCAUUGUGACCAUCACAAUCCUUCCGGAUGACAUCCCAGAACUGUCAGAGAGUUUCCUGGUGAAUCUCACCAGUGUGAAGCUAGUUAGCGGACUAGCCGGAGCAGGCCAACCCUCUGUAAAGAGACCUGGCAUGGAAGUAGCUGAAGUAACCAUCCAGGAAAAUGACGACCCUCGCGGGAUCUUGCAGUUUGUCACGCCAGAAGCGAGCUCGUUGGUGGCCUAUGAGAUGCCAGCACCUGACAACAUCUUCCAGCUCACCGUGGUGCGACUUGCUGGUGCCAGUGGAAGACUGCUUGCCUACUGGGAAGCUCAACCCCUUACUGCUGAUCUGAAUGAUUUCAGCCCUUCAUCGGGUAACGUCACCUUCCAAGAUGGACAGCGGAGAGCUGUGAUUGCUAUCACCAUCUCGGAUGAGGACCUUGUGGAGGCUCUGGAGACGUUCAAAGUCAAUUUGCUGCGGGUGAUUGGCGGCGCUCGAUUGGGAGAGGUGACCUCUGUCACUGUCACUAUUCCGCCCAAUGAUUCACCUCUAGGACGAUUUGGAUUCCAAGAACUUCAGGUUACCGUGAGCGAGCCGGAGUUUGUCGACGAUCCCGCUGCCGUCGCCGAACUGGCGGUGAUGCGUAGCGAAAGAGGCGAGGGGGCGGUGACACUGCUGUGGCAACUGGAAAGACGGGCAGUUCAUGACCUUUCACCUCUCAAUGGGACGCUUGUCUUCACUGAGAUUGACUCGAUGAAGACGUUUGUGAUAAGAGCCCUUGCUGAUGGCCUACUGGAAGGAGAUGAACACUUCACUGUCGAGCUCUUUCCUGCGACUGACGGCGCUGCUGUCAUUGACCCUUUCAACGGUUUAGCAACAGUCACCAUCGUGGCAGACAAGGCUGCCCUGGGAAUCGUAGGUCUGGCGGAGUCCUCAAAGAAUAUUUUCAUUGGAGAACCCGAAGGGUUUUAUAACGGCAGUGCUGUUGUCAACCUCGUCCGUGGGCCGGGUGUGUUUGGUGAAGUCCGGGUGCAAUGGAAUAUCACUCCAGCUUUGCUUGCUGACUUUGUAAACAUCUCUGGCUCAGUCAUUAUAAAAGACCAGCAAUCAUUUGCGUCUUUCAUCCUGAAGGCUGUGGAUGACGCCUUUCCCGAGGAACGUCGCCAGUUCCAGUUAACGCUGACGUCCGUGACCCCGGGACUGGAAAUCAGCCCCAGUGCACGAUAUGCCAGAAUAACCAUGGCGGCCAGCGACAAACCUUACGGCGUGUUCUCCUUCAACCAGCAGCAGAUAAGCGCAAUCGAGGAGGAGGGAAUCGUGAACGUGACCAUAAGUCGCACUUUGGGCAGUCUGAGAAGCGUUUGGGUCACCUACCAGACGUCAGGCAGCACAGCAGUUAGCGGCGAGGACUUUGCCUCCGCUUCGGGACGGCUGCUCUUCACCCCGGGUCUGACAGCACGCCACGUUUCAGUGCGUAUCCUUGACGACAGCCUUCCAGAGGGGCCCGAGACGUUCUACGUCAACAUUACUGACGUGGAUCUCGUCAAUGUCAGUGGUGUAGAUUACACAGUCCACGAGUCGGGACUUCAACUGGACCAGCCUCCUGCCAUAGGCGACAUCUCAUCACUUGCUAUUGUAAUACCGACAAACGACAACGCUGAGGGUAUCUUGGAAUUUAAGCAGGACCACAUCAACAUCACAGUUGAGGAGGAUGCAGGGCUUUUGUUGAUCCCAGUCUUGAGGACUGUAGGUUCUUAUGGAACCGUCUCAGUGGUGUACAUUUCCAGAGGCUCGAGUGCAACCCCUGAUCUCGACUACGUCGCAAACAACGGCUCGGUGACGUUCGUCAACGGUCAGCAAAUCGGGGUCGUUAACGUUACAAUUUUAGAUGACACGGAAAGCGAAUACGCAGAGAUGUUUGAGAUCUUGCUGGUUGGGACCACGGGUGGAGCGAUCCUCGGCUCUCGCACGGUCGUCAGGGUGACCAUCGAGAAAAGCGACUCUCCCGGCGGGGUGGUGCGGUUCCUCAACGAAAGCCUGAUCACCAUCAACAACCCGAACGACACCCGAAAACUCACGCUGGUCUUGGAGAGGGCAGGAGGUCUUUUGGGCAAUGCAACGGUUGCUUGGACCAUCCUCGGUCCAAACAGCAGAGAUCCUCUCCUUCCAUCCAAUACGGACAUCCGGGAGCCCUUGAAUGGAUCUUUUUUCUUCAGUGACGGGGAGGAAGGCACACGAACUAUCGCGCUUCGGAUCCUCCCUCACGGGGAAGUAGAGGUGGAGGAGAAAUUUGUCAUAGAGCUUAGCCUUCUGUCUGGACACGUGGACAUCGACCCUCAGGCUGGAUCCAUAACACUAAAGAUUGAAAAAUUCGGGGACCCAAACGGCAUAGUUCAAUUUACAGAUAAUGCCCUUGGAGAAAGUGUCUACAAGGAACCCACAGAAGCAGAAGGGCCGUUCAACAUCUCCUUGCCCGUCACACGCCGGCAGGGGGUCAUGGGCAACGUGACGGUUCACUGGCAGAUACAUUCCGACUUUGACAUGGCCGGGGACUUUUUAGAAUUUUCUGGCUCCGUGCUAAUCACGGAAGGCCAGCGCGAGGCAGAAAUAGUCGUUAGCCUUCGGCCUGACACUGUGCCAGAACUGGAGGAGGUCUACACCGUUCAACUGACAGCAGUGGAAGGCGGCGCUACCCUGGAGGCCAAUUCCAUCCUUUUGCGCACGCACAUUAGGGUGCCCGCUAAUGACGACCCCCACGGUGUUUUCGCCUUGAAUCCUGAACAACAGUCUUUAGUUGUGGAAGGGAGCGGGGCAGAGGUCCGGCGAGUUCUGGUACUGAACGCCACUCGGCUCGCCGGGCUGUUUGGGAACGUAAGCGUGGGCUACAGCAUCACGAGCGGGACAGAGGAGGUGACGGCCGUGUUUGUGGGAGGACAAGCUGAUGGAGAACUUUUGUUCACUGAGGGACAGGCCUUCGGUUCGGUCGCGUUACACAUCAGCAGCCGGGUUUUUUUGUCUUUGGGUGGGAGAUUCAUUGUGGAGCUUACUCAUGUAAGAAUGCUCAGUCCUUUACUUGGCACACCGCCACUUCUCAAUCACGAGUCCUCUGUUGCUACGGUGACUGUUCCAGAAGAAGCUGCUAGCUCAGAGGUGGGUUUCGCCUCGCUAGCUUUAUUCGUUCCAGACGUCGAUACAGGGAAAUGUGAGGCAAAGGUGACACGAGCCGGAUUGUUUGGGGGUAUCAGGGUCCAGUGGAGAGCAGGGUAUCCUUCAGGACAGUCUCCACCUGGUUUUCGAAUUGGAACUAUCGUGCCAAAUUCAGGCUCCUUGGCUUUCUCCCAUGGAGAAAGGACAAAGGUGAUACUUCUGACAGCCGUGGCUGAUGCAUCUCAGCCAACUGCGCAUGCGUUAUACCUCACUAGCGCCACCUCUGGCACGACUGCAGACAACACUGUCAAGCUCAGGUCAGGAUUCACAUUGGCAGAAGUGGAGCCGCUGGGAAUCUACCAAUUUUCGCCAGAAUCUCGCCAGCUGGUCAUCGAGGAGGACGUUCAAACGAUAAGGCUCCAAGUCCAGAAGCUCUACGGUUCUCGGAGCAACAGCACCCGCCUGUCCUACGCAACCAUAGCCGGCAGCGCCGCUGCAGAUGUGGAUUUUGUCGCCGUGCCAAAGGGCCAUUUGGUUUUUGACUCUCCUCGCCAAAGCAGCAUUUCCCUUCAGCUGUCAAUCCUGGAUGACUUGCUGUCCGAGCCGGAUGAAUAUUUUCACGUCAACCUUACUCAUGUUGAAGUUCUUAGUCCAAAUUCGGUUUUGGCUGACGUCUUCCCUCGAAUCAACCCAUCGCACAGUCUGGCAACUGUCACCAUCCUGGCUAGUGACGUAACCAGCGGAGUGCUAAGUAUCGGUCCCGGUCUGGUCCAAGUCCCAGAGGACAAGGAUGAAGAAAGCCAACAGGAGCGAAAGGUUCUCCUCAGGGUGCGCAGGUCAGACAGCGUGGACGGAGACGUACGAGUUAAGCUACGAGCGUUCGGAGACGGAAGCACGACUCCAUUCCCUUUCACGCUGGAGCCCGUUUGGCCUCUCGCGAAGGAGAAUCAAGACUUCCUCUUGGAGUCCAGCAUUGCGCAUUUGCCGGCCGGGCAGAAUGAGACCCAGGUGAUUCUUUUCAUCCUGGAUGACUCGGAACCGGAAGGCCAGGAGGUGUUCUUUAUCUAUCUCAGUGAUCCUGAAGGUGGGGCGCAAAUCACUGAGAGUCAACACCGGGACUUUGGGGCCUUUUCCAAGAUCACCAUCCUUGGUAGUGACUUCCAUAACGGUAUUGUAGGCUUCAGUCACUAUUCUCUGAUGGGCCAGGUUCUGGAUGAAGAUUCAGACAACAAGAGUGUUCAGUUGUUUGUUCAAAGGCAGGAAAACAGAGCCUUUGAGGACUUGCAAGUUUUCUGGAGAGCGACUUUGAACGACGCAGCUCCGACUCUUGUCAGCAACGGACUCGACCUGACCAAACAACUACUACGCACUUCGGGAUUUGUCCUAUGUAGGAAAGGAGAGAUCGUCUGUGCUUUUACUUUGGAGGUCCGAGAUGAUGAAGAACCAGAAUACGAGACUUGGUUCUUGGUGGAGGUUUUCCAGGUGGGCUCGGGCGCCACCAUUAAUGAGACGGGCCGAUUUGCCAACAUCACCUUGGCGGAGAGUGACGAUCCAGGAGGCGUCGUGUACUUUGACCUUGGCCACAGGUUUCCCACCGCCGUUCCCACGACCACAAAGCUCAGUCUCCAGGUGGACAGAAGAGCAAGCACAGCUUCAACCAUGUCUGUACGAUAUCGUACUCUGGAGCUUUCCAGAGAGGUGGUGCUCGGCCCGUUUGUAAUCCAUCCCGCUAAAGAAGGAUUGGAUUUCCCUCAGCAGGAAGGCGAGCUGACCUUUGACCCGGGUCAGCGCAACACAUCGGUGGACAUUUAUCUAACCCCCGACCUGCCCUCGUCGUUCCCUCGGCCAAAGCGUUUCCAAGUGGAGCUGUUCGAUGCUACGAGGGGCGCCAGAGUGCACAGCGACUUUGGCCGGGCGAACGUGACGCUCGUUUCGAAUGUUGCUAGUGCGGCUACGUGGGCCUUUGUCGGGAAGUUGCAUCAAGCGCUCGACCCGGCAACACUGAACCAGGUGUUGCGAGGGCUCAUCGAUCUGACCGCCUCCGCGUUGUCUUCAGAGCAGAUGACGGCUGUGCUUGAAGCUCUGGAAAAGCUGCUCGCAAUGUCCGACGGAGCAUCUCUCCAUGAAAGCAGCCGCAAUUUGACCUAUGACCUGCUGUGUACCUUGGCCGACCCGAGUCGAGCCGACACGCGGGGCCUCAGCCACCUGGCGGAAGUGACCGAACGAUUCGCAUUCUCAACCAUCACAAGCCGUCACUGUGAGAUAGGGGGCACCGUGUUGGGCUCGUGCGCACACAUGUCCAUCUCCGCCUUCCAGUGGUAUCCAACACAAAUCAAUGGACACAAAUUCAGAGGUAGCAAUGCAGACUUCUUCCAGCUUCCGGACACUUUGCUGCCAGUGCCGGCUGCCUCCACCCCUGACUGCGGCAACCUCAGCCGUGUUCAGUUGAUAGAGUUUAAAAAUGACCUCUGGUUUGUCACCAAUGAUUCCACAAACGCUCUCAAUGGAAAGGUUUUCUCUGCCAGCCUCCAGGACAGAAAAUCCAGACCCCUUGAAGAUGGCAUGGAGGUGAUAUAUCGUAUCCACACUUCUGGUCAACCACUUAAACCGGGGCGUUCUAUGUGCCUUCUAUGGAACCAGACCACUGCAAGCUGGUCAUCGGAUGGUCAGUAUUGCAGAGUUGUGAAAGAGAGCGGCAGCCACGUGGAAUGCGCCUGCUCACACUUGUCCGUCUACACGGCCUAUGCGGAGUUUGCCCCGCUUGCGUCGUAUAACCAGGCCUUCUAUGCCUCGGGGUUCAUCUGCAUUUCAGCCUUCGCAAUGGCCAUUCUUGCACACGUCCUGUGUUACCGCUCGCCCACGUUCGCUGCCAAAUUGCUCGUUCACAUGAUGGUGAGCUGCCUCGGAACACAGAUUUGCUUCCUAGUGUCCACUUUCCGGGGCCGGGUGUUUUCAGAGGACAGUUGUGCAGCUCUGGCACUUUUCCUUCAUUAUUUCUACCUCAGCCAGUUCUUCUGGAUGCUCAUACAGGCGAUGAAUUUCUGGCAGGUGCUUGUAAUGAACGAUGAGCACACCGAAGCCCGGUAUCUGCUCUACUUCCUGUUGGGCUGGGGCUUUCCUGCUUUCAUUAUCAUCCUCCUGGUCCUCGUGUUGCUUGGAGGCUUCGACUGGACCGUCCACGCCGUCUACGGAUUGGUGUUUAACGACGUGUGCUUCCUCCCGAACAUCCAUGCUGCUCUGUGCGCCGCUGUGCUGGUGCCGCUCAUCUGCCUAGUCGUCGUACUGGUGGUCAUCUUUCACGCCUAUAGAGUCUCUUACCAGUGGAAGGCGUACGAUGACGUCUAUCGCGGGCGAGCCAACAGCACAGAGGUGCCGUUGAUUCUCAUCACGUUCCUGCUCAUCUCUCUGGUGUGUUUGUGGGCCGGACUUCAUAUGGGCUACAAGCAUAUGUGGAUGCUUGUUCUCUACAUCAUCUGCAAUUGCCUGCUGGGCGUGCAUGUGUUGGCAAUCUACUUGGUCAUGCACAACCUCCUGUUUUGUCCCGCAAAAGCCACGUACAACGUGGAAAUGAGCGGCCAGGACAGUCCGGACUCGGCCUAUCAGGGAGCGGGCCCGACCACCGUCGGGGUUGACAUCAACAAAUCAACACAGAACCUCAUCAGCGCCAUGGAGGAGGUUUCCGCAGAUUGGGAGCAUCCGUCGCUGAGGACCAGUACUCAGCCCACGAGCGCUUUCAAGCCCAGUCCGGAGAUGGGAUCGUACCCCGCAGAGGGCGGCUUCAUUAACACCGACUUGGUCAUGGCCGACGACGAGUCCCAAGAGUUUGACGACUUCAUAUUUGCCUUAAAAACCGGGAGCGGGCUUGACAUGAGCGACAAUGAGUCCAUCCCAGGCAGCCACGACGGUGGUAGCGUGAGCAGCUCCCAAAUCGUGGAGCUGCGAAGGAUCCCCAUCGCCGACACACACCUCUAAGUAUUUUCAGACGAGGACACAUAUUUGCACUAAAAUGUUUUUUUUUUGUGGGGGGGGGAUGAUAGAACCUUUUCGGAACAACUUUGAUAUGAUUUGUACUGCUUUUAUAUGGAUGUAUGAACCUGUAUGGGAAUGUUUCACUAAAUUAAUGGAUGCGGGUUUGAGUGGAUGUUUUUGUAGCGACCUGCUAAAUGUGAUAGAGCUCGUCUAACAUUGUUAAUUAUUUCAUUUUAAAUAUGGCUGUUUUUUGCUAUGAAUUAGUACAGAAGAACUGUGCUUCUUGUUACUUUCUCAAAACCAACCACCUUAUAAUGUGAUUUGUGCGGCUCAAUCAUCAAUAAUACACUUCAUUUUUAUUUGUUAAGGCAUGAAAAUGACCAAGCACCUGAAAACCACUUCCAAAACACUGCUGAAUAAAUAGUUCGAAAUAAAAUGGGUUACUUUGCU